AUGCUGGAUUCAUCUUGGCCGGCUACUCCCCAGCAGGUCAUGUCAUUUAUCGCGCAUCUGUCACUGAGUGGUAGAGCACCAUCAACUAUAACACUUCAUGUGGCAGCGCUAUCAUACUUGCAUAAGAUAUACAGCUGGCUUGACCCGACCACCCAUUUUCUGAUCAGGAAGAUGAUUGAAGGAAGCAGGCGAGGCCGGAAGAGGAAAGAUUGGCGCAGGCCUAUAACAUGGGAUGUCCUUGUCAAUAUUUUACCUAACCUCUGUCUCAUCUGUGUAACCCAUUAUGAAGCCGUCAUGUUUCAGGCAUCAUUUCUGUUAGCCUUUUUCGGAAUGCUGCGGGUUGGUGAGUUCACGGUAGAUGGCACAGGUGGGACCGAAGACAUGACCGUCCUUGACCAAGACAUAAGUGUUUUCCAAAGCUCUAAAGAAGCUUACCUGUUGGUUACCAUUCGAUUCUCAAAGACAGAUCAAUAUGGUACUUCAACAACUCUGAAGAUAAAGCGAAAUGGAUUGAACAGCAGCUGUCCAGUAGGGGCGAUGGUUAGAUAUCUGAAAAUGAGGCCAGUGAUGCAAGGCCCCCUCUUCUGCCAUGCAAAUGGGUCACCGCUAACUAGGUAUCAGUUUAGAGCUGUGUUGAGGAAAGUCUUGGGAGUCUCCGGCUUUGAAGCAGAGAAAUAUGGGACCCAUUCCUCCCGAAUUGGGGCCGCCACUACAGCGGCCAUUGGAGGAGCGACAGAAGAACAGCUUCAAGAAAUGGGCAGAUGGCGGAGCAGUGCGUUUAAAACAUAUGUGAGAAUUUGAGGGGAACUGAGAUUUCUAUCAUUAUGUUGAUGCAAACAAGCUUAUGAUUUUGGUUUGUACAAGUAUGAGGUAUAAGCACUUGACUAUAGGGAAG